UCCCGUUGCUUUCAAAAAUAUCCAGGAAUAUCACCAAUUUGGUUUGACAGUCUAUUAGUGUUUUAUUCGAUAUGAACCGCUCAAAUUCGCCCAUAUUGACUGCCGAAGCUUUAGCGAGUCGAUGUAUAGGGUAAAACACCGUGUGGACUGGCCCAACUCACCGACUAUCACGGCUGGCCACCCUGCGAAAAAGUACUUUUAACGCGUCCUGAUACUAGAGAUGGUCAUCAGUCACGAGUUGUUGGUGAGAGAAGGAGCUAAAGACCUCUACUCUCCUUUCGAAUGAACAACAGCUUACCAGUGUUUACAAGUGCCGAAGAUGUCAGCAAGCAUCCAGACCUGAGCCAUUUACUGGAAGAUCUCACACAUCAUGUGACUCCAACUUACGUGACAAAAUCAACAUAUGCUGAGCUUUCCCAUGCGACACAGGCUAUGCAGCUUGCGAGGCAGAAGUAUUUGCAAGAAGCAAUGUUUCACCAUUUGAUUUAUGCAGUUAUAUACAAGAAACACAGUUCACUUAAAAAGAAAAAGUGUUUUGAGGAUGUUCGCAAGGCAGUGGCAUUAGCAGAGAUUCAAAGUCAUUUACAUCUUCUCCCCUGGAGCUCAGAAAAUGAUGACGAGACGAAUCAGACAUUAUCAGAUGCUUCUCUGAAAGAGUUGACUUUUGGUAUUACUCCAGAGGUAAUUGACACUCAUGCCGAAAUGUUCAAAGUGGGUAAAUAUAGCAGUGAAAUCUCCACUGAAGUUGAGAGUCAUCUGAUUGAUGACUGGAUGAAAAUCGCUGGAUAUCACGAUCCUACUGGAUUCGAGAGUUAUGACGUCGAAGAGGUUGUCAAGAUUCCAGAGACCCUAGAAGUUUCGCUGCAGACCAUGACUGAAGAGAGGCAGAAGCUCAUGCUUAAUAUCACUCAGACGGAUUACCUUUUUCUACAGGUGCGUGAUCAUCUCGUGGAAUAUGGGAACCUUCUAGAAAUGCUGAUGUCAAAGCAGAGGUUUUGUCAGUACCCAACGAAACACACUGAAAGCUUGUAUGUACAACUCUCUGCACUGCUUCUGAAGCUGAAGUGUAUGGAGCUGGAGAUAUUGUUGAAUACCUACACAAGCAGUUCAGUACCAGCUCUGAAAUAUAUUCACAGUCACAUUAGGGAAAGAAUUCCAGCCGCUGAGAGAAAUCUGGCCCGAUUGAAACUCGAGCUCGGUAGCUUUGGAAAGCUGGAUUCAAGAUUUAAAUCUCUCUUAGUGGAAUAUGCCCAAUUACAAGGUGAUAUUGAGGUGUAUAAAUCCUCUCUUAAGAAGUGAUGAUGAGUUUUCUGUAAUUAAGGUAAAAAAUAAAAAAUAAAAAAGUUUUAUGUAUGUGUAUUUUAAAUAAAAAAGAUUUACCCACUAUAUUUUAAAGGGGUUAUAAGCUACAUUUGUAAUUUUACAAUACCAUUCUCUUCCCCAGUUGGCACCAGUUAGAACAGCCACUGAUACUUUUCAACAUUUUUCAUGUUCUCUCCUAUAUUUUUAUGUAUAGUGAGUGAAUAAACUUGAUGGUCAAUUAAUGUUUGCAGAGGAAGUGUAAGAUAUAAUGUAAAAACUGUAAUUUUCAUUUAAUUACUGAUAUACAGUAAUUAUAUUUUGUAUUCAAUUUUUUAUUUUUCUUCUACCUUUAAAGAAAGAAUAACUAGUGCUAAUAUUAAUUUUGGUGAUGGUACCUACGCUUAGUGUAUGAAUGUUCAAAGAUUCCAUGAAUAUUAAAAGAUUAUUUAUGGAGGGAAAUUAUUUAUAUUUUUUAACCAUUUUACAUUGUUUUUUUUUCGUGUGUGUAAUAAAUAUUUACUGGAUUUU